AUGUUGAGCUCGAUGGCCCCGUCCCGAAUCAUGGCGGUGCUAGCAAUGCUCUUGGUCUCCCGCUUGUUCUUCGGCUCCCAAGCUUCCUCCGAUGGCUUCCUCGCGUGCCUCACGGCGUCCGUGCCCGAGCAGCUCCUCUUCACCCGGAGCUCGCCGUCGUUCGCAGCGGUCCUGGUGUCCUCCGUCCGGAACCGCAGGUUCCUCACGCAGGCCACGGCGCGGCCGCUCUGCGUCGUCACGGCGACGAACGCGUCCCACGUUCAGGCUGCCGUCGUGUGCGGCCGCCGGCACGGCAUCCGCCUCCGCGUGCGCAGCGGCGGGCACGACUACGAGGGCCUCUCGUUCAGGUCUGCGCGCCCCGAGACGUUCUUCGUGCUCGACCUCGCCGGCCUCCGCUCCGUGCGUGUAAGCCUUGGCAUCCCGCGGGAGGAAGCGCCACCCACCGCGUGGGUGGACUCCGGCGCGACGCUCGGGGAGCUGUACCAUGCUAUCGGGAAGGCGAGUGACCGGCUGGCGUUCCCGGCAGGCCUGUGCCCAACGGUGGGCGUCGGCGGACAUCUCAGCGGCGGCGGCUUCGGCAUGCUGCUGCGCAAGCACGGCCUGGCCGCCGACCACGUCGUGGACGCCAAGCUUGUAGACGCCGAGGGGAGGAUCCUGGACAGGGACGCCAUGGGCCAGGACGUCUUUUGGGCCAUCCGCGGCGGUGGCGGCGGCGGGAGCUUCGGAAUCGUGCUGUCGUGGCGGGUGAAGCUCGUGGCCGUGCCGCCGACGGUCACCGCGUUCACGAUCCCCAAGUCCGUCGAGCAAGGCGCCGUGGACAUCCUCACCAAGUGGCAGGAGGUCGCGCCAGCUCUCCCCGACGACUUGUUCGUGAGGGUGCUCGUCCAACGACAAGUGGCCAAAUUCCAGGCCCUGUACCUAGGCACCUGCGACGCCCUCCUGCCGGUGAUGCGCCACCGCUUCCCGGAGCUCGGCGUGAAUCAUACGCACUGCAAGGAGAUGACCUGGCUCCAGUCCGUGCCGCACGUCUACCUCGGCAGCGGCGCCACCACGGAGGACAUCUUGAACCGGACCGACCCCGUGGACGCCACCUCCAGCAAGGCCACGUCCGACUACGUGCGGCAUGCGAUCGCAAGGGACGUGUGGGAGGAGAUCUUCGCGACCUGGCUCGCGAGGCCGGACGCCGGCCUCAUGAUCCUAGACCCAUACGGCGGGAACAUGGCCCGCGUACCAGAGGCGGCAACGCCGUUUCCGCACCGCGCCGGCGUGCUGUACAACAUCCAAUACAUGAACUUCUGGACGGCCGCCGGAGACGGCGCCGCGCAGACGGCGUGGGUCAGGGACGUCUACGCGUUCAUGGAGCCGCACGUGAGCAAGAACCCGAGGGAGGCGUACGUGAACUACAGGGACCUUGACCUCGGCGAGAACGUGGUCGUGGGCAACGUCACCAGCUACGAGGCCGGCAAGAUCUGGGGCGAGAAGUACUACAAGGGUAACUUCAUGCGGCUCGCCAUGGCCAAGCUUCAGAUUGAUCCCGACGACUACUUCAGGAAUGAACAGAGCAUCCCGCCGCUUGAUGCUGAUGAACAACGACUGAUCACGAGGAAUGUGUUAAAACAUACUACAUCAGUUUAA